AUGGAUAGUAUUGUUGCUUUAUCAGCAAACUUUUAACCUAUUAUUUCAUUUAUAAAUGUUCUUUUUCUAAAUACUAAAUAUUCUAAUAAUUGCUCAACUGUUACGUUUUAUAGUGAAUGCAAUUAUUUAGGAUAAUCCUUCUAAAUUAUACAAGGAUAUUCAUUAAAACCAACACUCAAGAUUCCUUUUUAAAUUAAAUCUAUUCAAAUUUGCCCAAACAUAAUUGUUAAAUUAAAGGGAGCAAAAUAUUAUGGAGGUACAACCUCACUCUUUACUACUUGGUAAUCUUGUUUGGAUAGAUAUAAUGUAUUUAUUAAUUAUUAUUAUUAAGUUUCCUAAAUAUAUUUAGCCCUGA